AUGUUUUCUCCAUCCGCGAACGAAGGUGGCCCGGCCACGGCGACUCGCUCUCGACGGCGAUUGCGCCCCAAGAGCCAGGAGCAGCUCGUGACGGCUCCCAAAUCCAAGAGACAGCGCGUGCCUCUGAGCGAGCAAACUUCGACCAACACCGACGCCCAGCCUGAGAUGGCCGAGGCCAGACCGGAAAAAGUUGCAACGCCCGUCGAGCCCAAGAAGGAUGUCGCUAUCGAAAACGCUCCUCCUCCAGUACAACAGACUGUAUUGCGCAAGGAGCUAAUUGUGCGGACGAAGAAGCCCAAGCAUGGCGAUCGGGCCGCCCAAAAGGGUGAUGGGAGCCUCGUUCUGACAAGCACCAAUGCAUAUACUGUCAGCAAACUGCCAGCACUGCCAGACAGAAUCCGGAGUGACUGGUCUGGGAGCCAACACGCCGACAUUUUCUCAACAUCUGGCUAUGCUUUGACACUAACACCUACACAUGCUGUUGUUUGGCCCUACAAUUCGACCUCGCAAUCUCCCGAGACCUUCACCUUCACUCUCCCAUCCUCCUCCAAGCCCAACGAUGCCCUUCCGGUGGGAUGCCUCGUCUCUCCCUCUGCAUCAUCAACCGAACCUGGACUGGUUGUUGUAAUGGCUAGCACCGGCAAAGUUGUCUUUUGGGAAUCUAUCUCUAGCGCUGCUACGUUCGCCUUCAUCAAGAAAGACAGAUCCGGCGUCGAGUAUCAGAUUUAUGGAAUGUCUUCGGGCGAAAGAGUGGUUGCCAUCACCAAUGCAGAAACCGCUGGAUUCCUCCUAACCUUUAAUAGUGGGCGCUUGGCCUACAUGAAUGUGCGAGAUAGCCACGGACGACCGGCAAUUUCUGUUCAGUUUUUACGAAGCAACCUUUCGACUUCUACCAGCGGCAUAUUCGGUACCAUUCGCUCUGCCUUUUCGCACCUAAGCCUUAAGGGGGAUAUUGCAGCUGUCCGGGCUGAUAGAUCCACGAGAGUUGGUGAAAAGAAUAUAGUUGCUCUGACAAACAAGGGCAAGCUGCAGUCAUGGACUGUUCACCGCGGAGGCCAUAGUGAACCGUUUGGCGAGUUCGAUGCCCGAGAGUCCAUCAUAUCAGCGCUCUGGGAAGUCGACCCUUUCUGCCGCGACCUUCCAGCCGACUCCUUCGAAGCUAUCGACUUUACCUUUGUUCCGAGAGGCAUGGAACACAAAUACCUAGAUCUGAGCAAGCUCAGCGCCGCUACAUCUACGGAUGACCCGUCCGUUCAGCAACUGCUACUGCUUGUUAGCUUGACUAGCCGAGCCGUCUCCCGUUACGCCCUCGUGGAGGUGAUUCUAACGCAGAGGAGAUUCCAAGUAGGCAUGAUUCGACCAAUUACCUCCUACACGACGCCAGUUUCCCAGGCAGAUUCUAUCCAGGCUGUAAGGCCGCGGCUCUAUCUGCCACGUCCUGCGCUCGUGGCUUUCGCAGUAUUCGACCGCGCUGCGGUAAUCGCGUCUAUUGCAGUCUCACCAGAGUCUCCUGAUUCCCAACUUCAAAGCGACACACACACCCUGUCUCCUUCAUUUGAGGAUGUCAUCGACUUUCGUGAAGAUAAUGUGCAUGAAGUUAUUGGAUCUGGAUUUGAAGAAAUGUCGCAUGUGUCAUCUUCCAGCGAGGAAAGCCGAGCUGCUCGCGCCAAGAGCAAAAACCCAGCCGUGGUAUUGAUGGUUCGUGGAGCUGGAGUCGUUCGUAUUGCGACAACGGAUGUGGAUAAAUUCGCCAGCGAUCAACCGCCGCAGGUUUCCGCCAAAGGGAAACUCGAACAGGCCGUCUUCUUUGGCACUAAGAAGAAUAACCCUCUGGUUUUCAGUGCCCGCCAAGAAGUUACGUUUUCAAAGGACGAAAUUGCGCAGGCGGCGCAAGAAGUCAGCAACGAGAUUCUGAGUUCGACUACCGCAUAUAUGUCUACCUUGCCUGCGUCAUUGGAAGAAAAUCUUGUUGCACGCUCGAAUGCUUUGGAGAAGCUUAUCCUUCACUUGAAGGCUACUGGCACCCCUCUGGACCGCAAAACACGCUGGAGUCUGUUAUACAAUGCUGAAAAAAUGCACGUAGCAACGCUCCUUUGGAAACGACAGGAGGCUUUUGUCGCAGCACGCCCGUCUGACAGCAAGAAGAGCUUAAUCGGAUACAUUGUUGAGUUUAUUCAUCAGGAUCAAAAGCACAACCCCAGCGCCGAAAUUGGCGAAGUUGAUCGUAUUCGACACUGGUUCAUCAACGACAUAUUCCGUCUUGAGCUCUUCGUGGCAUGGGCGUACGAGGUUAUUAAGAUCUUGUACAAGGACAAGCUGCUGGAUGACGCCAAGGUGACAAUGAUGAUUUCGGAGGCACUUCAGAUCAACAUAUGCGCUCUGCUUGGAGCUCUGGAAUUCCGCAAAAAUAACCUUGCGUUCUACGGGCUGGGUGACGAGAAGUUGAGACUGGGCAUCUUGCGUGAUGGAUACGACGGCCUCCCUGAGCCAUGGACAGGAUGCCACUACGUUGCCAACAACGUUGCGCGCUUAGUUGAGCUCUCAGAUCAAUGGUAUCAGAAAUGGUCAAGAGCGACAGAUGAAAAAGCGAAGCCAUCAAGCAAACCAGAUCCUGCCAUCAUUUCUAAGAUUUACAAGGACCUUCCAUCGGCCAUUGAUGGCAUGCUCACUUCUAUUCUGGAAUACGCCCGAUGGGCUGAGACGACACCGGACCAGAAAUCCAUGGGCCAAACUUUUGCCAAGGAAUAUCAAAAAGAAAGGUAUAACAGACCUAUCAGCCUUGGACGAGCAGGUAAAUGGGAAGAAGGAGCUGCUAUCGCCGAAAAACAUGGCUGCUUAGAUGGCCUAGCAGUCAUCCUACUUGAUCAUAUCGAAGAAUUGGAGCUGAUACUCAGCGAGCCUACACUGUCUACUUUUGAGUCACAAAACUUGAGGGUUUUGAAGAAGAGAAAGGAAGCAGAGCUUGAAGAAAGGUUCACUCGAUAUGGUCAAGAAUUCGCCUUCCCCGUUUAUGAGUAUAUGCUCGAAAAGCACGGAGUUGAUGCUGUGUUGGCAUUUGGAUUGGAGACAUUGGGCUACAAGACUCGGUUCCUUCGCAGCAGGCCCGAAUUGGCACGGAUAUCAUGGAUCAAUGACAUUCAGCAAGAGCAGCAAGUCGGCCAUGCUGCAGAGACGCUUAUCCAUCUCGCUCUGGAAAAGGAGCACCAAGUGUGGAACAAGAAAAUCGAGCUUAGUCUUGGAAAAUUGGCCCUGUUGGCUGAGAAAGAGAAAACGUCGCCGCCUUCGAGCUCCAAGCCCAACACAGAACUCAAACUUGAGCAGAGAUUGGCGCAGGUUGACAAGGAGCUCAUUACGGUUAAGAUCCAAGAUCAGCUCUACGCCCAGGUUUUCCCCAGUACUUACGAUGCCGUUGACGAAGCAGCAGCUUUGAAUCUUGCCAUGGAGGCUCACGGUGCAAAUGUGCCCAAACGCCAAAAGGCUCUGCGCCAGGUUUUCGAGGAUGGCAUGGAAAGACUGCUUAAGCAUGAAGCUCUUGAUGCCAUGACGCUGAUUGACCUGUUGACACUCGUGGAACUCUCAUCAGAAUCCCGAGAAGAAAUAGCACAUCCGUCUUGGUUGGCUCUUAAGGUGGCCGAGAGCAGUUGCACCGGCGAUGAACUCCGAGAAGCUAAACGGCUCAUCUGGAGGAGGCUGUUUAUCCGGGACGACUGGUCAAAGAUCAACGACACGCAAUUGAAGGAUGACCGAGAAGUGGUGGAGAGACUAGCAAGCACUGAGCUGUACGCAAUGCUUUCAGACUGCAUUCAGUACCAGACUGCCACCAGUGUCUUCAAGCCCAUGUCGCCUCAAGAAGCCCUUGGUGCCUUUUCAGAGCAUCUUGAUAGCCGUUUCCGCGACUUUGAGGCGGGCAUGAGGUCUAAGCUGAUUGACGCUAUGCAUCACGAGGACAAGCUCCUCAGACAAUAUAUCGAAAAGAAUCGCCUGACGGAAUGGGAACGCACCGCUCUGGAAGCGGCCCAAGCCCAGCACAUCAAGGAGAAGGCAGAGAAUGCCAUUCCUCCCAUGAAUCUGUCGACGCCCCUGUUGGGCGGCGAUCUCAAUACUAGCACUAAUGGUAAGGCCUUGUAA